UUUAUUGAAAAUGGAUACUAUCAAAAUCCCUGACCUAUUUUCUCUAUCAAACACUGAAUAUCUGUUCUACAUCAUUCAGACUUAUCUUUCCGAAUGAAUUAAUAUCUUUCUGACUGAUCCGAAGACGUGCGUGACCACUCUGAUAAUGACUACACUAGCAAUUUGGGCCAUUGCUCUAGUCAUCAAAGUUGACCUGACUAAACCGAAAGUCACCUAAUUAUAGUGAAGUAGAGGUGUCAACAAGGAGCGUAAGAGAUGAGUAAGGCUCGAAGGUAUAUGAGGUUAAUACAAAGACUGGCUUACAAGAUGAGUUUGA